CUUACACUGCACCGCUCACACGUGUGGUCGACUUCCGUUAAAAACACCGGUGUAUAUUGAUUGCAUGAGAAACUGUCAAAGGACAAACUUUACAUAACUGGACAUGUCUUGGUUGUUUGGAAUGAACAAAGGCCAGGGUGGUGGCCAAUUACCACCAGGCUUUCCACCACCGCCUGGAUCCGGCGGUGACAGUGGGGGAAACGAUGGCAAAACACCGGAUAAAUCGCGUUCAGAUGCGUACACUUUUGACUCUGCAGCCCUUGAAAGAGCCGCACAGGCAGCUAAGACUUUGGAGCGUUCAGCACAUGCUAAAGAUGCAUUGGAAUUAUCAAAGAUGCAGGAGCAAACAAUACAGAUUGAAAACCAGAAGAAAAUCAAGGAGAUGGAAGGCCAAAUAGAACAAAUGAAAUUGGAGCAGGCUAGAGUAAUGGAGGAGGAGAAACGUAAAACUUUACGUGAAGAAACAAAGUUGAGUCAACAAAAGUCACAGUACCAGGACCAACUAGCUAGAAAAAGAUAUGAUGACCAGUUAGCACAGCAGGCCAGAUUGAAUGAAGAAAACUUAAGGAAGCAGGAAGAGUCUGUACAGAAACAAGAACAAAUGAAGAGAGGGAGUAUGGAGUACCAGGCAGAACUUAACCACAAGAAUGAUAUGAAAAGAAUAGAGGCAGAGUUACGAGGAAAAGCUAAAAUAGACAGAGAGAACCAGGAUAUUCUAAAAGAACAAAUACGCCUGCGGGCACAGGAAGAUAGGAAAACAAGACUGGAAUCUAUCAAGACAGCAGGAGCUGUGCUAGGGGAAGGAUUUAAAGCAUUUAUAUCAGACUGGGACAAAGUGACAGCUACUGCUGCGGGGAUCACGCUGGCAGCUGCUGGUAUAUAUGGUGCCAAAUACAGUAUAGGUGUAGCUGCCCGGUACACAGAGGCUCGCCUUGGUAAACCAUCACUAGUUAGAGAAACUUCCAGAAUUACUGUCUUAGAAACUCUGAAACAUCCAAUCAAGAUCGGAAAGAAAAUAUUUAAAAAGAAAGAAGAAGUAUUAAGUGGAAUUAUAUUAAAGCCAGAAUUAGAGGAGAGAUUGAGAGAUGUUGCCAUAGCAACAAGUCAUACUAAAAAGAACAAUGGUUUCUAUAGAAACUUGUUAAUGUACGGACCACCUGGAACAGGAAAAACAAUGUUUGCCAAGAAUUUAGCCAAGCAUUCUGGUAUGGACUAUGCCAUUAUGACAGGAGGUGAUGUAGCACCGAUGGGUAAAGAGGGAGUUAGUGCAAUGCAUAAAGUAUUUGACUGGGCACAGACUAGUCGGAAAGGUGUGUUAUUAUUUGUGGAUGAAGCUGAUGCAUUUUUAAGGAAAAGAAAUAGGGAAUUGAUAAGUGAGGAUAUGCGUGCAACAUUAAAUGCCUUUUUAUACAGAACAGGGGAACAAUCAAACAAAUUUAUGAUAGUUUUAGCCAGUAAUACACCGGAACAGUUUGACUGGGCUAUAAAUGACAGAUUAGACGAGAUGGUGGAAUUUUCUCUACCAAAUCUAGAGGAGCGUAACAGAUUAGUACGACAAUACUUUGAUAAAUAUGUUCUCCAACCAGCAUUUGAGGCUAAAGGGAGAUUGAAGGUGGCCGAGUUUGACUUCGACAAGAAAUGUACAGAAAUAGCAGAAAAAAUUGAAGGAUUAUCUGGUAGAGAAAUCUCAAAAUUAGGUGUUGGCUGGCAGGCUGCAGCGUAUGCUUCAGAAUCCGGUGUUCUAACGGAAGCUAUGAUAGACGAGAAAGUCAAGGACGCCAUGAAGUCACACGAGAAGAAGGUAAUUUGGCAGGAAGAUCACUCCAUAUAUACAACGGCUGAUCAGCGUACAUUAUCACAGAAGGCGGCCUCCAUGGUGAUCCCCAAAGCACCGGCUGUUCCGGAAAGCUGAUGAUUGACAUGAUUUAGGUGUUACUAGGAUUAUUUGAACAAUUAUAGAAUUAGAUAAUGUUACAGACCAUAUACGUAAGGUUUCACUGACCUUAAUAUGGUAUCAAAGAAGUAUGUCGACUCGUACAAACAUACCAGUUUGUUAAGACAGAUUAAUGGACUAUUCUAAGGUAUUAGACCUGAAGUUGAGGAAGGUGGAAAUGUAAGACAUGCCAGAAAGGAUCAUAUUUUAAAUAGUUAACAACAAAAGAAUUUGUUAUGUUUAAGGAAGACAUGUUCAGUUUUAAGUUUUUAUAUUAAUUCUUAUAGUCCUUGAAAAGCAUCAACAAAAAAACAAUUUUCAUCAGAUUCAAAUUUUCAAAAUUUAUAAUUAAACAUAUAUAUUGUGAGUUGUUAUUAAGAUGUAAAAUUAUUUGUGUUAAUAAGCAUGUUGCAAAUUUACUGACAUUUGACAAGGUAAUUAUAUGUAUCCAAGAAAAAAAUGUACACUUGUUCGAGAUAAUUUGAGAUCAUAAGCCUCAACAUGAUCCUGUCUUUAGAUCCAGCAGCUUGGAGUCUCUCUUAUGUUUGACAGCUCUAAGCUGGUUCCAGCUGCUGGAGAUAAUCUUUUAGAGAGAACAUCUAUGGGUUUCAUUAAUCAAGAAAAAUUUUAUGUGCUGGUAUACCAAAAACCAAAUAACUAUUUUAAAAUUAGCAAGAAAAAGCAUUUGUCAUUCUUAAUAACCAUUGUGCUUCCACUGCCAUGUGUCACUGUGUGACACAGUGAUUUAAUGUGUGACACAGAUAUUUAAUGUGUGGCCCAUUUAUUUAAAUGAUUUAAUGUGUAACACUGAUUAAAUGUAUGACACACUGAUCUGAUGUAUGACACACUGGUUUAACGUGUGACACAAUGAUUUAGUGUGUUCAUCAGUGAUUUAAAUGAUUAAUAAUGUGACACAAAUUAUAUGUGUGACACAUGAUUGAAUGUGUGACACAGACAUAAUGAUGUUAUGUCACAAUGACUGUUUAAUUAAAGAAUCAUGUUGUAUAUUUUGAAACUAAGUAGUGAUGUGUUGUUUUAAUAUUGGUAAAUUUGUAAUAAAAACAAUAAAAUGUG